CUUCGCUCAAGCCAUUAUUUUGUCCUCAAGCUACUGAACAACGGGCUGGACGCGUCGUGAAAUGAAUUAAAAUAGCCAACACAGGAGGAUUAUUAUUCGUUUUGUCCACCAUUGCGGACAUGAAUGGAAUGUCUCAGUGAAUAACUCGGUGGGUAGCAGGGCUGUUGGCUCCUCCGCUGGACUUGGAGGCCGAAGACGGAGUGACAGCCCAGUUAAAAGAAGCAGCCUGCUGGGUGUUUAUCUUGUUGGCUAGCCACCUAGCUAGCUUCCUAGAAAUUCACGAGGAGAGGAACAUUACUUAAAGGACAUAUUGAUACUCUCUGAAAUAUAUAACAGUGGCCUUCCUUGGGAUAUUCUACGUGAAGAAAACAUGGCACACCUACGAGACAUGCAAAACCAGAAUUCCCGGUUGGAUCCUGAAGAGUACUUCACCAAGCAAGAGCGCAUCGGGAAGGGUUCCUUUGGAGAGGUCUACAAAGGCAUCAACAACCGCACGAAAGAGGUGGUGGCCAUUAAAAUCAUUGACCUGGAAGAGGCGGAGGACGAGAUCGAAGACAUUCAACAGGAGAUCACGGUGCUGAGCCAGUGUGACAGUCCGUUUGUCACUAAGUAUUAUGGCUCUUACCUGAAGGGGACCAAGCUUUGGAUUAUCAUGGAAUAUUUAGGAGGAGGAUCUGCAUUGGAUCUGCUCCGCCCAGGGCCUCUUGAAGAGACAUACAUUGCCACAAUAUUGCGGGAAAUCUUGAAAGGGUUGGAAUAUUUGCACUCGGAAAGGAAGAUUCACAGAGACAUUAAAGCUGCCAACGUGCUCUUGUCAGAGCAGGGCGAUGUGAAACUGGCAGAUUUCGGUGUGGCAGGACAGUUGACAGACACUCAAAUUAAGAGGAACACAUUUGUGGGCACACCUUUCUGGAUGGCGCCAGAAGUCAUCAAACAGUCGGCCUACGACUUCAAGGCCGAUAUUUGGUCGCUGGGUAUUACGGCCAUCGAGCUGGCGAAAGGAGAACCUCCCAACUCUGACUUACACCCCAUGAGGGUCCUCUUCCUCAUUCCUAAAAAUACUCCACCAACCCUGGACGGACCUUACAGCAAGCCUUUCAAAGAAUUUGUGGAGGCCUGUCUCAACAAAGACCCCCGUUUUAGACCAACAGCCAAGGAACUGCUGAAGCACAAAUACAUCACCCGCUACACCAAGAAGACGGCCUAUCUAACUGAGCUCAUCGACCGCUACCGCCGCUGGAAGUCCGAAGGUCACGGGGAUGAGUCCAGCUCUGAUGACUCUGACAUGGACGGUGACGGCGACGUGGAUUCCUGCCCCAUGUGGACCUUCCCCACCGUCAGACCCAGCACUAUGAACAAGUUACAGCAGGGCUACACACACACCGACUCAGAGUCAGGAGAUUCCGUGAAGAGGCAACCUAAGUCACAGUGCCUGUCGGCCUUGGUCACACCCAUCUUCAGAGAGCUGAGGGACAAGCGGCGAGCGAGCGGCGGCGGAGUCGGCGCCAUUGAGGAGCUGGAGAACGCUUUCAACCUGGCAGAGGAAUCAUGCCCCGGCAUCUCAGACCGCCUUGUCACGCACAUGAUGGAGAGCGUGUGCAGGUUUUCUUUCAACGGUAACAGCACGCCAUCUUCACGAUGAAAACACCCACUGAAUGUUAAGCCCCGCCCCCUUCUGUCUUCUAAUCAUGUCCCCAAAACUCCGAAAAGGACCUGAGCAGCCCCAAUCUUCCUUCUGCUUUUACAAAUAUUUUAUGUAGUUCUGAAAUAUUUCUACAGUUUUUUCCUUUGAGAGCGGAGAGUAUUUAAGACACACAAAGCCAUGAAAGUUAGCACGUUGUGUACCUGUUAGACUGAAAAGGUAUAAUAAAUUGAAUGAAA